AUGAAAGAGGCCAAUCCGGUGCAACGAGACUACAGCUACUACCCCAAGACAGGCGGCUGGCUAAAGCUACACUUGGAACCCGCAACAUGGAGGGAUGCGCGGCUGAUUUGCGCGCAAGAAGAUGCUGUACUCGCUUCACCUGAGAACGAUGCUUUACAACAAGCAAUCCGUAAUGUAUUGAGCAAGUCCCAGACAUUGAAAGUGUUUACUGGAAUACAUGAUACUUACGCCACUGGGCACUACUACUCUAUGGAAGGCACCCGAUUAUCUAACAUGUCGGUAUUGGUACACGAGGAGUCUUUCAACGCCAGUCGUACUGAGAACUGCUUGCAUCUCACUAAAAAUGAUAAGGGUGAGAGCAUAGUGACCCGCGGUAGCUGUUCGGUGGCUCUGCCUUUUGUCUGCUUUACGAGGAAGAGCCCCGGAAGCGUUGUGGACUGUGGAACAGAUGAUAAAGAUUAUAAAUAUGAGGCCCGAACAAACCGCUGUUACAAGUUCCAUACGCAGGAAAAGAACUGGUCUUCAGCCUUCGCCACCUGCUCCGACGAGGGCGCGUACUUAGCAGUCAUCAACAGUGAGACUGAGUCUCAGGUCUUCCAAGAGCUGUACGCUAAAGCCAACGCCAGUGUGGAGGAGCCUCUUUAUGAGGUCAUAUUUGUCGGCUUUACUGACUUGGGAGAUCACAAGACGUGGAUGACUAUACACGGACAAUCUCUGCAGCAUGCGGGCUUCAACAAAUGGGAACCAGGGCAGCCAGAGGACCAGGAAACCCACUGUGGAGCCAUGUAUGGCGAAGAUGGCUUACUGGAUGACUACUGGUGUCAAGAACUUUGCUCAUUUAUUUGCGAGCUGAAUCCACCGAAACCUGUAAAUAACCCAGACGAAAAACUUGAAGAUAUCAAUAUGGUUUAG